AAUUAAUCUCCAGGACAUAUUCGUGUUCAUAAAAGUACUCCGUGCCUUUUACUCUAUUAAACAUUUCCUAUUUCGAUCGUGCUUUCAGUUUUUUUUUUUUCUCGUCAUCCUGAGAAAGAAAAUGCAUAUUAAAGUUACAGUCUGGUCAUUUUUAGAGUGGGAAAAUUCUGACGUCACAGUCACCGGCGUUUAAAACAACCUGCCUCUGCUGCUGACGUCUUUUAUACUACUUUUUAUAGGCAAAAAUAUGUAUCUGACAACAAAGUGAUUAUUCUUGGCAAAGAAGCUCGUGUUGCCCUAAUGCGUUUAUUUAUUGUUAGUGGAGUUUUAAAAAAGGAAAAGGAGAGGUUUGAUUAGGUGGUUUAGUUAAUGCAGUUUAAAGUCGUUUGAGUGGGGGCUUUUUACAAAUUAAACAUGCUACUCUGCUUCGCCCUAUAAGCAUCCUAGGAGCCUGUGCUUACCAAUCAAUUGGUACAGUCAAACAGAGCCGCAGCCUGCGUUAGAGUGGAGACCUUCAGUCUCGCUUUAUUUCUGGAUAUUGGGGGACUUCUCUACCAUGUCAUAUCCACAAUUUGGAUAUCCCUAUUCGUCUGCUCCACAACCAAGAUUCCGUGAGACUUUUAAUGUUCUUUCGGGCAUCGGAAAGGUAUUGCAUUGCAACCAGUCGUACCUGUGUAGCUAAACCGAGAAAGAAAGGGGGUGAAAAGAAGGUAACCAGAAACCAUCGAGACCCCCGACCUCCUGUUCACUGACUUCUGUAAGUUCCUGAUGACAACUAACUCUCUGACCACUUGCUGCGAGUCCACCGGCAGAACCAUAGCCGACUCCGGAGUAGCGGCUUCCGGACAGACACCUGUCUACUGUCCCGUGUAUGAGAGCCGGCUGCUGGCCACGGCGAGACACGAGCUGAGCUCAGCCGCUGCGCUGGGAGUGUACGGGAGCCCGUACACCAGCGGUCAAGGCUAUGGGAAUUACGUUACAUAUGGCACGGACGCCUCCGCUUUCUACUCACUGGGUACAUUUGAUACUAAAGAUGCCACAGCUUCUGCGCAUGCGGGAAUAACCCAGGCCACAGCUUACUACCCCUAUGAUCCUACCUUGGGGCAGUAUCAGUAUGACAGAUAUGGCUCCAUGGAUGGGGGAACAAGGCGAAAGAAUGCUACACGAGAGACGACCAGCACGCUGAAGGCCUGGCUACAGGAGCACAGGAAGAACCCAUAUCCGACUAAAGGAGAGAAGAUCAUGCUGGCCAUUAUCACUAAAAUGACCCUGACGCAGGUCUCCACCUGGUUCGCAAAUGCUAGAAGGAGGCUCAAGAAGGAGAACAAGAUGACAUGGCCGCCGAGAAACAAGGGCUCAGAGGAGAAAAGAUACGACGAUGAUGAGGAUGGGUCUCAGGAGGAGCAGAUAAAAAGCGAGAACAAUGACGAUGAGACCAGAAGCCGGCCCGACAAGGACCUCCAGUUGAGCGACUUGGACGAUUUCGACACGCUGGAGUCCGAAAGCUCAGAGUGUGAGCUGAAGCACCGAUAUCACAUGAACACACACAUGACCACAACGACAACCGACUGCCCAGGCGAACACCUCCUCAAGGACGCGUCUCUGAAACUCUCCAUCCCCGUUUCUCUCGGAGAGGAGCAGGACUUGAGCAAGAGUUGUCUAAAAACGAAUCAAAACGACGGCUUCCAGUCGGACAGCAGACAGCAGGAAAAGGCGUGCUAUAAUCAGCAGCAAGGGCACCAGAUAUUAGACGACAAACCUCGGAUCUGGUCUUUGGCGCAGACCGCGACGUCUCUGAACCAAACUGAGUACCCAUCCUGUAUGCUGAGGUGCCAGCCCCCGCCCUCCUCCCUCACCCCGUCCCCCGCCGCUACCUCACCCGUGACCGGCCUGGACAGGCAGGACUCGCCGGUCACAACCCUGAGAAACUGGGUGGACGGGGUUUUCCACGACCCCUUGUUCAGGCACAGCACUUUGAGCCAAGCCCUGACCAACACCACCGUCUCUUGGACCACGAACACCAAAGGCACAAUUCUGGAGGCUGAGAGAAGCACGUCGGCCUUGCAGCAGCAUCAAAACUCCUCCAAAGACAGUGCCAUGAGUUUUCCAAAAACUAUCAAUAAACUUUUCUGCUCCUAACAAAACCAAAUGAUCCUUUAUUGCAAAGAGAGUGGAAGACUUUUUGUGACUAAAACUCGGAUGGACGAAAAAAGAAAAGAAAAGAGAGAACUAUUGCGUGUCUAUGAUUCCCUUGUUAUGUUUUAUUCUUUAUUAAAACAGUUGUAGCCAUAAACUGUUACACUCGAGUUACAGAAGGGAAACAUUUCGAUUCAACGCACGCACAAAAAUGUAUAACAAAGUUUACAUCUUGGGAGAAAAACAACAACAAAAAAAUGUAGGCCUAAGCUUUUUCCUUUUAAUUUUUUUCUUUAAUAUAUGCGCAUGCUAAUGUAAUUGAAUAUUAUUUAGGUCUCAGCAGCUGAGUAUCACCAAUAAAAGAAAAAAAAAGUCUCACUAAUGCACUGCUCUCCUUGGGAGUGGAUGAGAGCGUUUCAACUUUGUUCACUGAAAAAUAAAAACAGUCGGUUUCUGAAGAGCUCUUGUGAUGUCGGGUUAAUGAUGGGAGUUGCUGUCUAUGGUGCUGAAACAGGCCGUUCCCCCUCUGCUCUACUUUUGCGUUUGCUUUUAUCUAAAACAAUGACUUCACCCUUUCCCCGUAUUAUGGGGCCUGCUGCAAGGCUGAGGGGAGAAAACAUUUUUAAAAGCAUCCUGCAGUUUAAAACAGCACUCCCAUCACUCCUAAACCAUAAAAUACUCUCACGAUCUAACAUCUCACACCCUCUUUUUUCCCCAGAAAACACUCACUCUUGUGCAAUGACGGGAAGAAAAUGAGGCAGCUCAUCCCCACAAGACAGAACAAUAUCAGUAUCUAAGAUCUGCCUCAUUAAUUCCCUCUAAACAGGCUGUAAUUGGGAUGUUCACAGUCAUAUCUCAUGUCGGGCUAUUGAUUUCCCCUCUCUGCUCUCUGAUAAUAUUAUCGAAAUAUCUCAACAUCUUCCAUGAUGCGGCUGUCAGAAGGGUAAGUUAUUCGCCAUACGUCCGUUAAUGGGUUCAAAACGGAGGCCCCGUGAAAUAAUUUUGAAGUGAGGAGUUUUCGCCUUGACACUAACCCCUCAAUUUUCCUGGAGACGGGGGUGGGGGGUCCGGCAGAAAAACAGCGCGGAUGCUGAUUCCUCCGCUGAAAAGUGAAAGGGCUUUUACGAAAGAGGCACUCACGUCGUCUGGAAGUGAAAAGGGCAAAGGAACUCGAAUUAGUUGUUGUAGAUAAAAGGGCAAAAAGAAAGGAGUCAAGGGUACUUGACAGUAAUGGCGAAAGUGGAGCUCUCCGGGGACUCUGUCCUGUGAGGAGGGAGUGGGGUGUGGUGGUGGUGUGGAGGGGCUUCGGUGAUGAAUUUUAAUGGGAAAAGCACCAACGAUCGAGAUCACCCCCGCCCUCCCUGCGCCCCUUUAAAAGAAAGUGCAACGGUGGACAAAAGAAAUUUUCUAUAUAACGCUUGUAUUUUUUAUUUAUUUAUUUAUUUUCUUUCUUUCUUGGGCCGAAAAAAAACCUUGCCUGCAGCAUUUCGAGUAGCAACGUUGACAUAACC